AUGGAAUUCAAGCAGGGGCCGAUUCCAUCAAAUAAUCGCCCCCAAACAAGCGAAGGAAAUCAAGUUAUAGCAUUAGGCGUUUUACUUGGCGUUUUGCUAUUAAUAUUUUAUGGUUUAAUGAUAGUCAAUACUGUAAGAAAGAAAAGUACAAAAGAGAAUACAGAAACAUCUAGUAUCAAGGUUCAGGGUGUUUCAACAGUGGCUGUUGAUCAUUUUAAAAAAACAUGCAGUAUUACAUCAGUUAUAAUCACAGUAUUAAUGUUUCUAAUUGCAGCCGCUGCACUAAUUAUCAAAGCAUUUCUAUUAAAGCCGAUCCAUAAUGACAUUGUCAAUAAAUAUCAAACUAAUCAAACGCUCCUGUAUAUACCGAAUGACAUCUGUUCCGUAAUUAAUCUUCAAGAUUUCAAUAUGUUCACAUUUCCGGUAGCAUGUGCUCUAAUCAUUUUAUAUGCUAUACUAUCAAAAAGAAGUUCAUUUAAAAAAAAUUUAUACAAAGGAUAUUUCGCUCCACCAGUGCCACUCGAUUAUUUUGCGCGUAUUAAACGAAAACUUGCAGCCGUCGUUUUUGCCGUAACAGCAGCUGACCUGCUCGAAAUUGUUUAUCAAGUACUAACGGAAAAUACGUCUAAUGGAGAAGGUGUGAUUGUUAGAUAUUUAAUUCGAAUAUUCCAAGUGUUGGUGAUCGGAUUUCGUUAUUAUCCGAUAUUGGUCGCUAUUCAUAUUGAUACAGUUGUAGCUCUAUUUUUGGCCACCAUUUAUAGUUGGUUAGAUUUUUCUGUUGGUAUUGUUAAUCAAAGUUUAUGUAGUAAUUAUUAUCCAACCGACGAUUUGUACGAAGAAACAAAUGGUUCAAGUACGGACGAUAUUAAAUCGUUAUUAGAUUACUAUGGCACAGGCUCAAAUUUGAUUGCCAUUGAUGUGUGUAUAGAUAUACCGAGAUAUAUUUGUUUAGCCUACAUAUCGAUUAAAUUAGCCGAGUUAUUUAUCAAAAAGAUACGCGCACGAAUGAAUUUGAAAAAAAAAUCAAUAUCAACAUCUCUAUCAUUAUCAAGAGAAGAAAAACAAUUAUUAUCCUAUAUAAAACAUUCUAUUGAAGCAAGAUAUGUUAGAUAUUUAUUUUUACCAGUUGAUAGGAGACCAAAAAGUAAAACAUUAUUAUCACGAAUUAUUCCAAAAAAAAUUUACACGAUUCGAGAUGAUUUUCAUUACUCGUUACGUGUAUUAUCUGUUUAUGCUUCAGCAUUUAUGCUUGUAUUUUUUAUGACAACCAAUUUUUGUGUAAAAGUCAUUCCAUCAUUAGCUACUUUGCAUCAAUCAUUAACAACAAUAUUUAAUGAACUUUUUGGCGAAAAUAAAUUUCCAUUGCCUGAAUUUGUGGGACCGUAUGUUGCUAGCAUUAUGUUUGCCACAGUUGGUGUUUUGUUACAAUUAACAUUACAAUUAGCUGCUAUAAGACGAAAUUUAUUUCAAGUGUAUCAUGGCGAUAUUACUGAAUUACCUCAUCGAGCGACACUGAAUACUGUUAGUUUAGCAACAUCAAAUUUUCAUUUUCUGGGUAUUUUAUCGGUUAUGUUAAUGUAUAUGAAUAAAUUAUUAGCUCAAUAUGCAUUUUUACAACAUUGGGGUGAUGUAUUGGCAUUGAAUAAUCGUCGGUGGUUAAUGAUUUUUCUUUAUUUUAAUGCUUUUCUUGAUGCAUUUCUCGGUGUUGUCUCUUGUGUCAUACGAAUUGUUUUUACUGUUAUUGCGGCCAUGGUCUGUAUGUGUCGUUUAGAUUAUUCUCCAUUAGGUAGAAAACUGGAAAGAUUUGAUAGUGGUUUCAGUGCUUAUGUGGGAUAUAUCUAUAUGGAACGAGAACACGCACAUCCCGUUAUGCUAUGUUUUGCAAGUUAUUUAUAUUUGAAUGUAAAAUUAAAUCAAACAACAGCAAAUAGAAACAAUGAGAACCAUCAUGCAACGAAUGGAAAAAUAUCUCCGUCUCCAUUUACUAGUGAUACCAGACCAAUCAUUAGAAAAACAAAAGAAUAUAAUUCACGUAUUCUACAAAGAUGGCUGUUGGCUCUGACGUUAAUACAUAAUCCACUAUUAGUGUAUACUAGAAAAAAAUUCUUAAUUCAAAAACAACAACAAAACGCUGAUGUCGAGAAUAUGUAUAGAAAAGAUCGUGUUUUCUCAAUUCGACCAAGUUUAAUUUCCGAACAUGAUCUUAAUCAAGCAUGGCUGAAAAGAAUCUAG